ACGGUGUUUUACCCUUACACAGUUACACUUGCAUCUUAAUUGAGCAAUACAUCUCUCUCGCGCAGGGACAGGGUAAUGAAGAGCCUCAAUUUGUGGCCGAACCCUUAUCCUAGGAUUUUGCCAUGGCGUUCGACAUCUCCAUCGCUCAACAUUGUUUGUUCCAUUCCUCCUUCUCCUUCUUCUUCGUCUUCUUCAGUUCGGUGCCAUAGCUCUCUAACUCAACACCCUCUCAGGUGCGCAGUGCUCGGUGCUGGGUUCGCUGGCCUUUCUGUUGUUUGGCAUUUGUUCAAGCAAUGUCCUAAGGAGUUGAAUCUAAGAAUUGAUAUAUAUGAUGAAGUGGGCAUUGGGGGUGGUGCUUCUGGAAUUUCUGGAGGUCUUCUUCACCCUUAUUCCCCCAAAGGUUUCUCAUUUUCUUCUUGUACUGUGUUCUACUGUGCAGUUUAAGCUUCUGUGGGAGGGUGCUCGGUGUUGGAAAGAGAGCAUGAAGCUUUUGAGAAUUGCCGAAGAAGCUAGUGUCUCCAAGGACUGCAGAACUGACGAAUCUGUUGAAGAUAUGAAGGCUUUUGUAGCUCACAAAAGGGGCAUCUUAAGACCGGCAACAGAUAUGAAGAAUGUGAUUAAAUUGAAUGAUAAUGUCAAGACUUCGCUUCCUAGCUGUAGAGUAGAGACACUUGAUAAUGAAAAAGCUCAAAGUCUUUUACCUGGUGUAUGUUUACCAUUAAACACAGCUUUCUAUAUGCCCGAAGCUCUAAAUAUUGAUUCGCAACAUUAUCUUCAGGCACUUUUCCAAGGAUGUGAAAAUUUGGUGAAAGAAUCCUCCAUUCUUGGUUCUGGACAGAAACAGUUAAGUUUACAUAAAAGAUCUGUUCAUAGACUUUCAGAGUUUGAAGGGGAAUAUGAUGCAGUCAUCAUAUGCCUAGGUGCCAAGGUGAACAUGCUUCCCGAGAUCUCAGGGAGGCUUCCUUUGAGGACAUGUAGGGGUGUAAUUGUGCACUUGGAAUUGCCUGACGAUAUGAUAGGUUAUCCUGAGAGUGGGCCCUCGAUAUUAUCAGAUGCAUGGAUUGCUGUUCAGGGCCCCCGGAGUCUGAAUGUGGGCUCAACUUGGGAGUGGAAAUCCAUAAAUUCAUCACCAAAUGUUUCAAGCGAUGAAGCUUCAAAAGCUUUUCUACAGCUUUUGCCAAAGGCAUCUACCAUUUAUCCUGGAAUAGAAGAUUGGGUUUUCACUGGUGCAAGAGCUGGUCUGAGGGCAAUGCCUCCACUCACGCCCCUUGGAUCACUUCCACUUUUGGGUUGUAUCAAUGAUGUAAUAGGCAGAAACCAUACUUGUAAGUAUUGGUUAUUUGGAGGGCUAGGUUCAAGAGGAUUGUUAUACCAUGCUUGGCUUGGUAAUUUGAUGGCACAAGCUGUGCUCUCCUGUAAUGAAGAAGUGAUUCCAGCUGAGUUGACUUCUUGGAAAGCAAAUGAACCCAAAAUAUAGCGUUCAACACUUAACAAUGUUGAAUUUAUAAGGUAAUUUUCCUGUGAUUUGAAUCUUGGGUAACUUUACUAUGCGAUGCACAAGGGAAGCUUCAAAUUAUUGGUUGUAUAUAUGUUGAAAGAUUGUUGUUUGAAAUUUCCUAUGUACAAACACUUGUCAAGUGCUUUGGAUAUAUUGACCCCUCCUCUGAAACUCACCCCAAACAAAACGAGAUUAUUCAAUACAUGGAGACUGAUUUAAUUUGAUAA